AUGGCUUCAACGCAGCGCUCAGAGGGAACUGCGAUUCCCAAUGGCAACAACAACGGCUACAACCCAUUGAGCAACCCCUCGCUUCGACGACCCAUGGCACAAACCGGCGCCGCGCCACGACCUAUGAGCCAGGUAUCUUACCGACCAUCAUAUAUGAGCCACGUGCCAACAACAUCACGAACGGACAGCGUUGCCAUUGAGGUCCCAAAAUCCUCGCUUCGACCAGAAACACCUGCAAAACAUGCGAUUACUCCACGUGGACUGCUCCUGGUGCUCGUCGCCGGGUCAAUCCCUGCAUCGAUGAUGGACUACUUGGAGAUGCUACUCGGCAGACAGAACUUCUCCGGACUCAUCAUCGCCGCCACCCAAGAGCAAGAAGUAUUGGUCAAGAAGUUGAAGAUGGACAUAUAUGGCUUGAUCGGGAGAAUGGAGAAAGAGCUUGGUGUCAGCAUACAUCUGAAAGAUGGCUGGAGUCAGGCUGGUGUGGAAGCCACCUUGCAAGAGAUCACAAGAACGGGGGAGAGUGUUCAAGGAGUUCUGUGCUGUCCAGAAUUUGGCAAGGCUGAGGGUGCAGAUAUACUGGACUUGGACGAAGACGACCUGGAGAAGUCUUGGAAGAAGAGCAUGGGUUUCUUGCAUGCUGCGAGCAGAGCUUCGAUAAGACCACUGAUCGAACAAUGCAAGAAGAGCCGCCAACUACCACAGGAGACUUCCGGACGAGGUCCGCACGGACCGUUCUUUCUGGUCACAGGCUCCGCCACGCACACUGCGGUAUCGCAGAUCACAAAGUCUGCAUGCGACAAUCUGUUAAAUCAGGUGGCGCGAGCCACAGAUUCGGACCAUCUCAUCGUUGGCUACGCCGAGGAUUUACUCCUUCCAGACCCAGUGGAGGUGAAUGAACCAGCAGAUGAGAUCGACCUGCCACGUCGUUCGCGAAAUGGGAAUGGCAUUCACCACAAUGCAGACGACGAGCCCUUCAUCGCAUCGGAGAGUCCAACGAAGCUGUGGAAUAUGUGGUCAAACAUGCAGCACGAGGUUUGA